CAUGUCGUCUCUCCUUGAUCUGCUCACCCAGAAGCAGCCCCAGUUCCAGACCCGCCAAGCCCUCAUCAUCGUCGGCCUGCAGAAUGACUUCAUCUCGCCUACUGGAAAGCUACCCGUCUCCAACGCCCAUGGCCUGAUAGAGCGCGUCAAGAAGCUGGUGCCCGCCUUCCGCGAUAACGCCGGCGAAGUCAUCUGGGUGCGCACCGAGCUGGAUCCCAAGAGACCCGUCGACGACGCCGACGACGCCGAUGCCGUCGUGGCCAACCUGCCCACCGAGGAAGAGGCCAGUUCGGAUGAUGGGGCCGGCGCCGGCCCUGCCACCAAGCAGCGUCGGGCGCGCAGCCUGCUCAAGCGCAUCUCGGUGAGGAAACAAAAGGAGGAGGCCAAGGACCUGCCCGUUCCGGACAAGGAAGAUGAGUUGUUUCUUACCAAGAGCGCCGCCCUGCAGGCCUGCCUCAAGGCCAGCUCGGGGGCCGCCUGGGCUGACAGCAUCGCCGCUUCGAUUGACGACAAGGCAGACAUUGUCAUCACAAAGUCCCGCUAUUCGGCCUUCAAGUCGAACAACCUGCUCCUGACGCUGCGGGCCAAGCUGAUCACCGAGCUUUAUGUUUGUGGCUGCAUAAGCAAUAUUUCCGUUUAUGCUACUGCAGCCGAAGCCGCUCGCCACGGCAUCACUAUCUAUCUUAUCGACGACUGCCUUGGCUACCGUCGGCCGGAGCGACAUGCCAAGGCUGUGCGGCAGAUGGUAGAGCUCUUUGGUGCUCACACGGCUACCAGUGCGAAUUUGAUCAAGCAGCUUCUGGAGCCAUCGGAAAAGGGCCAAGGCAGUUCUGCAGAGGGGGCAGAGCUGGAGGAAGGCUUGAGGCGAAAGCUAAAGGGACUGAAUCUUAACAAUGAGACGAAACCCAAUCGCUCGAGCAGCUCGUCGACCCGCCAUAAGCAAAAGUCUCCGUCAACCGGUUCGAAUAGGGCCUCGACGCCAGGUACUGACCUCAUUGGCUCUUCGAGUGGUCCGUUGGAGGUCAAGGAAGAUGAUGACGACGAGCUGGACGAGGAGCUUCCCAUCUUGGCAAGACAUCUGUCUUCUCGGUCGACUCGGUCGGCUCUGUCAACUCGAAGCAACAUUGAUGCUGCAUCUGAAGCAGCAAACAGUAAUGGAACGACUAAGCAUCCUCGGAUUCGGAUGCGACGAAGGCCGGGGUCUUCCAAGAAAUCGUCCGUGGAUAGCUCGUCGAACAGGCGGAAGGACUCUGAGAGAGCAAAAUCAGAGCUCACCAAAGAGCAACAGGCUGAAGCGAGCUCGUCAAAGCCUUCUGACUCCAGGCCUGACUCUUCGCAAAGCCCCAAGCCUGCAACGUCGGCGUCUAAUUCACCUGAUGGCCCUACUGAAGGUGUCGAGGCUACGAGUAGUAUUGCUUCAGCAUCACAACCAGAAAAAGCACAGCCGAUUGCGCAGACACCUAAGCCAGAGCCGACUUCACAACCACCAAAAGCAGAGCCGACUGCACAAUCACCAAAGCCAGAGUCGACUGCACAAUCACCAAAGCCGAAACCGGCUGUACAAUCUCAAUCAUCGCACAAGAAAUUGCCCAGCCUAGCAACGCUGCCAACCCUCGGACCUAAUGACAAGAUUGGAUCCGGCGACUCGCGAAUCAUCCACAACCUGCUGCCUUCGACGCUGCUUACGCCAUCCGACCCUAGCAAGCCCCUCGAAGCCACCAUCUUCCAAAAACUGUAUCACGAAAUCCAGUGGCAAAAAAUGCUGCACGCGACAGGCGAAGUGCCGCGACUAGUCAGCGUGCAAGGCGCCGUAGCUCGCGAUGGCAGCACGCCACUGUACCGCCACCCGUCGGACCAGACGCUGCCGGUUCUGCGCUUCUCGCCGAUGGUGCAGUUGGUGCGGAAUAAGGUUGAGGCGCUGCUGGGCCAUGAGGUCAACCAUGUUCUUAUUCAGCUGUAUCGUGAUGGCGCGGACUAUAUCAGCGAACACUCGGAUAAGACGCUCGAUAUUUUGCGCGGGUCCAGUAUCGCUAAUGCCAGUUUUGGCGCGCAGCGUACGAUGCGCUUGCGCACGAAGAGGGAUGCUAGAGACGUGGGGCAGGCUGCAGGCACCAGGACUGGAGAAGCAGACGCAAGUGCAGGCACAGCCACAGAGGCCUCACAAGCAAAAGAAGAAGCAGACGCCAAAGCGCCAGAAACAGAACCCACCCCCUCCUCAGAACGCACGACGCAUCGCGUCCACCUGCAGCACAACUCGCUCUUCGUGCUCGGCCCCGCCACCAACGCUGCCUGGCUCCACGGCAUCCAGCCCGACAAGCGGCGCGCGCCGGAGCGCUCGUCCGCUGAGACGGCGUGUGCGGGCGCGCGCAUCAGCCUCACGUUCAGGCGCGUCGCGACGUUUGUGUCGGGCGAUGGGGCGUGCGUGUGGGGGCAGGGCGGGCGGAGUAAGACAAGGAAGGGAGCGGGGAUGGUGUUGGCGGAGGGAAAGGACGGGAAAGAGCAGGGUGAGGGGGAGAAGGAAGAGAAGGAGAGAACGGACCUGUUGAAGGCGUUUGGGAGGGAGAACCAGAGCACGCUGUUUGACUGGGACGAGGUGUACGGGCGCGGCUUCGACGUCGUGCAUCUCUGUGGCACUUCUGGGUCUGGAUCUGGGUCUGGCGCAUCGAACCAGGCAAUGCUGUUUGCGGCCACAGAGGACCUGGAGGCGAAAAUCGUGCGCGCGUGUCUGGACCGCCUGGGCGUGCCGUAUACGGCUUUUGAAGCGCCGGUGCUGCCGGAGUUGGAGUCAGGGUCAGGGUCGGAGCUGGGGCUGGGGAGGGGAAACGAGCUCCUCUUCCGCGACGCAGACGCAAGGCACACGGAGGUGCGCGGCGCGUGCGCUGUAGUCGGGUACUUGGGCCGGGUUUACGGGAAGAAGGUGGUGGACGAGAGAGAGGCCGCGGCGGUGGAGUACGCCUCGCUCGCGCAGCUGGCGGGUUUGCUGCGCAUCUUGCGCACGCUUCUUUUGCCUUUGCCUUUGCCGACGACACCCGCGAAUGCCGACACUGCCACUGCCACUGCCACUGCCACUGCCGCGUCUGCGGAAGCCUCCGCGCUGUCUCAAUCCCUGCGGCCGCCGUGCGCGCUGACAACAGCCCUCGACACGCUAAACGACUUCCUGGCUUCUCUCUCACUCUCACUCUCACUCUCGCUCUCGCUCUCUACCUCUGAAACAGAGACUGAAACAGAGACAGAGACAGCACAACAAGCCCCCAACCAGCUACCGACCACGAUCGCCUGCGCGCUGGGUGUGCUGCUAGACGAGGUGCGGGGACGGUAUCCUGGUUUGGUGGGGCGGUGGGAGGAGUUAGGGCGGGUUAGGGGAGAGGGAAGUUAGGGGGGGAGGGGUGAGGGGUUGGGUUUGUAGAUGUGGUGUUGGUGGUACAUGGAAUAAUAUGGGGAUAGAAUGGGGAUAGACU